ACAGUAAAUCUAUAAUGCGAAAAAGAAAUCGUCGAUUGGUCAAAAUUAUAAUAGUGCGGGGGAAGUGAAUGUAUGUUGGCUGACUCGAACGCGACUACAUCCCCGUGCCAGUGAGCAAGUAGUAACGCUAUCGUUAGAAUUUUGUCUUUUGUUUAAUUUCUUUAUGUUUAUUUUUUCGAAAAGAAGCUGAAUUUAAAAAUCGUGAUAUUAUUGAAACGAACAUCUAAUGUUCGAAGAUCUAAUAGAAAGUACUCUAGCACCGGUUCCAUGCUAGAUUUUCAGUGUGCAAGUAGUCGAAAGCGUAUUCAGGCAGCCUUCAACGUAAACAAAAAUGGAGUUAGGGGAGGGAGAAGCUCAAAUUUGUCGACUUUGUGGUCAAUGUGAAAGUAUAUACAUUGAUGUGUUUGGUGAAGAAGGCACGAAACGAUUUUUGGGCUUAAAAAUUCAUACAAGAAUCAACAUUCUGAUAGAUGAAAGGGAUCCUCUGCCCAAGGCGAUCUGUGUUCAAUGUCUGGGCAAACUCGAAUUUGUUUGCGACUUCCAAGAGGAGUGUCUUCGCACCCAACAAGUGUUACGCGAUCGAUACAUUCUACCAUCCUUAACAGAGAUUGCUGAAGUAAAGACUGAAGUUACACCAAGUACAUCAACAUACAACAACAACAAUGACACCAAUAUAAAUCUUAAUUCUUCAAAUGAUGAGAACAUUCAAAAAGUAGAACAGCAUGUCUUAAGAACAACUACAAAAACUCAAAAAAAUUCGAAGAAUCAACAAGUAAAAGGCAAUGAAGAAACUUCCAAAGAUCAAACUAAUAUUCAAAAUACGAAUGAAAAAAAUACUGAGAAUGCACAAAUUGUUCAGAAAUGUGAGACAACUCCUACACGAUGGCUUAGAAGUAGACAAAGUAUAGAAACAACUGUUACAAAUGAAACAGCUACUGAUACACCAAUUGCAAAUAGACUUAGAAGUCAUGAUAAUACUACUACGGAAUUAACUGUUAGUCCACGUAGUUGUUCUAAGGAAAAUAGUGAAAAAUUGACUGGAAAACAGCAAGAUCCACAUACUAUUCAAAUUCCAACAUCAGCAUUAAAUAAACUUCUCAGUAUUGUGUCAAAUUCUCCAAAUAUUGAAGUUUCUGUGAAAGAAUCUAGAAAUCAAAGCAGCGAUAUUGAAGAUAUUAGUUUCACAGUAGAAUUAUGUAAAAAGGAAAGUGAUGAUGUAGCUACUGCUCGAGCACGAGUAUUUCCAGAUCAAGGUUCCUGUUUGGUUGAUAAGGCUAUAGUUGGUCUUUUACAAAAUCAAAGUUGUGUAGAAGUCAAUAGUAUAAUAAAUACAAUUAUCGACAGUAGUCUGAAAAAUGGCAAUUCAACAAAAUUAGAAGAUUCCGCUGAAUUUGAACAAAAAUGGCAAGCUUCUCAAAAUCCGAAGGAACUUUUCAAGAUUGAUGGAGAAGAAAUUCGUGUCGAUGAUAACGUUGAACACGUUGUUACAAAUAAUCAAAAUGGUUAUUCUUGUAAAUUGUGUCGUAAGUUUUAUGAACGCAAAGAUAAAUGUAUGGUUCACGUGAAAACACAUCUUGGUAUUAAACAAUACACAUGUAUUCUAUGCAACGCUAAAUUUGUAUGUAAGUCUGAUGUCAUGAAACAUAUUCGAUGCACUCAUACUAAUCCGAGACCAAUACAAUGUCCAAAAUGUCCAAAGAGAUUCAAAUCAAAGUUCUAUUUAAUGGAACACGAUAAUGUACAUAAAGGUGUGAGACCUUAUUCUUGUACAGAUUGCGGUCAAAGUUACCAUCAUAAAGUAUCGUUACAACUUCAUAUGAAAUCACAUUUACCUCCGCAGAAUUUAGCAUGCGAAUAUUGUGGCAAAGUAUUUCCGUAUCGUACGAGAUUAUUAAGUCACAUAGCUAGUGUACAUUUAAAAAAUCGUCGCAAUUUUAGAUGUCGAUUUUGUUACAAUCUUUAUUCAAGUCUUUCAGUUUUGAAUGAACAUAUUAAAACGCGUCAUGCGACUACGUAUACUUGUGAAGUUUGCAAUAAAACGUUCAAAGUCGCGUCCAAAUAUAAGGCUCAUGUAUUACAACAUUCGAAUCCUAAGCCAUUCGUAUGCAAUGUUUGUAAUAAUAGAUAUGCAUCCAAAGCAUUCCUAAAUGAACAUCUAUCAAAACACGAAGGGCUGAGGAAACAUAUCUGCCAAAAAUGUGGUGCAAGAUUCGCUCAAGCUAGUCAUCUGGCUGCACAUCGGCACGUGCACGGUGAAAAAGAGCACGCUUGUCCGGAAUGUGGGCGAAAGUUUAAUAGGCGUGAUAACAUGAAGGUACAUAGAAAAAGACACUUUGAAGAAAAAAUAACUAAUAAUAGCAAACAAAAAAACACUUUUAGUGGCGAAGUAACUUCCACUACGUCUAAUGAAAAGUAAUAGUACUGAAAUAGCUUUGAUAUUUUUGUAAAAUUGUGUCUAUACUAUAUAACAAAAUAUAUAUUAUAUAACAAUGUUAUAUAAUUGAUUAGUAAAACUGAAAGGAUAAUGUUAUAUUUUUCGUAUUAUAUGUAUACAACAAAUUAAUCAAAUAUUGGUAGAGAUUAAGAUCAACGUAAGAGAUUGUAUCAUAUAACGCAUUGCCAAUCGAUUCAAACAAUAUAAUGUAAACAUAAAUUAAAAAGAAUUUUUUUUUAAUUAUUUUUUAACUCUAAUAAUAAAAUAAAGAUCCGAAAUUAUAUCGAAAACGAAUAUAUUUACAUUUUAUAAAAGUUAUGUUAUAUGAAUUUCUCUAAACUUUUAUAUUUUUAUGUUGGCGAUAGCGUUUUUCAACAAUGUUCUUGUUUUUUCCUUCACAGUUAUUCAUUGCAUUGUAUGAAUUAAUUCUUAUCUUAGCAAUGCAAUUUCAUUCGAUUAAUUUUUUAAUGUAUUGAUUCAAUUUUAUCUCAAAACUAUUUCUUUUUUAUGUAGAUCAUUAUCUUCAUAGUUUACCUCCAUAUCUAAUUCAACAUCAUCAUUGUGUGGAUCUUUUCAUCCAGUUUAUAUAUCUAUUUCAAAUGCUUUCAUUUAGUUUUAGUACUUGUUAUUGCCUUGCUUUUUAUUUUAGCUUUUUUUUAAGUUCACAUGUAAAAAUUAUUAGAUUAUUAUAUUUCUUAUAUUGAUGCGUUUGUUUUUUAAAAAUAAUAUUUCUGUAUCUAUGAUUUUUUCAACAUUUUGUUACUUUAUCAUUUAAAAAUUUAGCUGUCAGAAUGUUUUUUUUAUUUUUUCGUUUUCCUAUACAUAUAACAUCUUACUUAAUGAAAUUAUAUAUACAUAUAUAUUAUGUUAUGAUAUUUCUUUCAGUAGUAAUAAAUUAUGUUUUUUGUUAUAUAAUAUAGAUGCAAUUUAAAACUAAUUUAAAUCGGUUCAGAACUUUUCAAAAGAAAUGUUUCUUUAAUUUUUAAUCUUAUUCUCUUCAAGCGAUAUCUAUUCAAUAAGUUUUUAAGUGAUUGUAAAAUAUUGCUGCAAGAUUUAAAAGUAAAUAUUUGUUUAAUCACGAGAAAGUUAUUAAUCAUUAAUUAUUAAUAAUUCUUUUAAAUUUUGGAGCAAUAUAUUAAAUGAAUAAUAGCAAUACUAAUCAGUCAAUUUACUCUCUUCCUCUUAUUGCUCGUAUUUUUUUUAUAUUAUAUUAACCGCGGUUUUGUACAUAAUGUAGAAGUGCAUUUAAGAGAGUACUGAUAUCAUUUAAGUAUUUUUUCCAUUUAUAUAUAUUACAUUAGAAAAUAUUUUUGCACGUGAAACGCUAUUGAUUAGAAUUUACCAAAGCUGUAAUAAAGACACACUGCGAAACAUGACAAAACAUUGCGAUAACACAAUAGAAAAAAUGAUCAGUUAAGAAAAUCAAGAAUAUUAUUGGAUAUAUUGUUAUAAAAAAUUUGUAUGUUUAUUGCACAGUUAACUUCCUAAGAAAAUUUAAUGAAAUUUUUUUCAUGAAAAAAAUUGUAUACAAUAUGAAUAGGGCUUCCAAAAUCAAAACUUCUAAUUAAAAAGCAUAUAAAAAUAA